AUGAAGCUCUCUAUUGCUCUGGCUUUUGCCAUGAUUUCGGCGGCGACUGCUCAACUGAGUGAUCUGCCCACCUGUGCUAAAUCCUGCGCGACCGAUGCAAUUCCUGCGAGCUGUGGAGUCGACGUUGCCUGUAUUUGCAAGAGCGGCACAUUCAUUGCUGAUGUCGCCUGCUGCAUUGUUGGCGUGUGUACGGAGGAAGAGCAGGAGGAAACUCUGAAGGUAGCCGAUGAGAUCUGCUCUGCUGGCGGUGUGACCGGUCUUCCCACCACGGUCGCGUGCACCACCGGUGCAUCGGCCACUGGAGACGCGACCACGACCGCGACCGCAACUGGUACCGAUACCACUAGCACUAGCACUGCAAGCUCCAAGUCGACCUCGACCAAGGAGACUACCUCUGGUACAUCUGCCACAUCUGCCACCGAUGCCAGCGCCACAUCGACUGCCACCGGUGCUGCUGCUGCCGUCCAGAACAAAGAGGCAUCCUUCAUGGCUGCCGCUGCCGUGGGCCUCGCCGCUUUCCUUUAA